AUGGACCAAGGGGAGAAUAAAUUAGACGUCGAUAUGUCUCACCUAGAAAUAAGCGAAACCGAAGUCGCCGUAGAAGACGAAGCGCAAAAUACCGCCACGUUAAGGAGAUCAGGUCGUCGAAAAAGUGCAACGGAAGAGCCUCCGGAGAAGAAAAGAGUGCUGCAGAAACCGAAAAAACUCUCCACCAACAAAGAACACAAACAAAUCGUGAAUUAUUACUUAGAUAGGAAAAUAAAACGGACGUCGUCGUGCCUAGAAACCAUAUUCGAGAUGCCCAAAGGGGACACUUACAUGACAAUGCCCCUGAAGCUAACUUACACGAAGACGGGACAUCCCUCGGACGUUCUUCGCAUCGAAGAGUACCCCAUGCCCCAACCGGAGGCCUCGGAGGUCCUCGUAGAAAUGCUCGCAGCAGCGGUAAACCCCGUCGAUAUCAACAUAAUCCAAGGAAAGUACCCCAUACAAUUCCCCGGCAUCGGUUUCGAAGGCGUAGGAAGAGUAUCCAAAGUGGGACCGUCGGUCACGAAGUUCCGAAUCGGAGAGCACGUAGUACCAACCACUUACGCAGGCACUUGGAGAACCCACUUGGUCCUCGACGAAGCCAAUUUGAUAUCCUUACCGAAGGAAAUAGGCGUAGCCGAAGCGGCCACGUUCUUCGUAAACCCCAUCACCAUGUACCGCAUGCUGAAAGACUACGCCCCGCUCGAGCCGGGCGAUACGGUGAUACAAAACGGGGCGAACUCCUCCUGCGGCUUGAUCGCCAUUCAACUCUGCAAGGCCUGGGGCUUGAACACCGUCAACGUGGUCCGAGACAGGCCCGACGUCGGCCAGUUGAAGGAGUAUCUGAUCCGAUCGGGCGCCACUUACGUGUUCACCGAUAAGGAGAUCGCUGGCACGGACGUGUUUAAAAGCGGGAAAUUGCCGAAGCCCAAGCUCGGAUUGAACUGCAUCGGCGGGGAAUCCGCCAAUAGCAUCCUGAGGCACAUCGAUCACGGCGGGGUGCUGGUCACGUACGGCGGGAUGUCGUUGGAGCCCAUUCGAGUGAGUACCAGCACGCUGGUUUUUAAAACCGUCAGAUUGGACGGUUUCAAUCUGUUCAAAUGGUUCAGCGAGAGCGGCGACGAGGACGAGAAGGCGCGAAUGUUCGGCGAAUUGAUCGAUUUGAUGGUGAAAGGGGCCGUGAGGGCGCCCCCGCACGUGCUGGUCGAUUUCAAUCGCUUCUCGGAGGCCGUCGAGAUGACUUUAACCAAAAACGGGAUGGUCGGGAAGAAGUACAUAUUGGAUUUGCGCGCUGUAACCAGCAAAAUGUAG